AUGCCGUACGAUCUAAAUCUAUUCAGUAUCUACAAGAAGUUCAAAAGAUUUGUACGCCGGCCGGAGCACGAGGAGCAUGCAGACGAGCCCCCCGAGCAGCCACCACCGAAGCCGAAGCCAGCGCCCGUCGCGCCGCGCCCGCCCCCGCCAGUCCCAGCGCCCGCGCAACCUGCUCCACAACAACCUUCAGCUCGUCAGACGCGAGCCAAGUCGCCGACUGGGAACUCGACCAGGAGCGUCAAUAAAUCAGCUGCCGCAGUCCGCAAGCUCGUCCGCUUCAAGUCGUCCCGACUCUCCGAGCGCCGACUUGAGAAAUGGAGCAAGAAGGUCGAAGAGCGCAUGCAACGGCGCCAAGCCGUAAACGCCAAAAACAAGAUCCUCCACGCGUUCGCCACGGCGUUCCCAUCGUCUUCAUCGGAAAGAUCGAAAGAAGCGGCCGCAAACAAGAAAUCAGCCAGCACACCGACCGACAAAUCUGCGAAUCGAAAGAAUUCCGGGACGCCGGGCGGCAAGAGAUUUGGCAAUCCCGGGCCGGACGGAAAGGCGAUUUUGGAGUGUGGACAGCCUUUCUGGGUUGAUCCCAAUGCUGAUGAGGAAGCACCCACCGACAGCACAUUGCCACUCAACGCCGACGUCAUGCUGGAUGUGCUGCGCGGUAAAAUCACUCUGAAGCCAAUGCCGAACGUCCCGGUGAAGCUGGACCCGAUGGGGAAACUAGAAGACCUGGAGCGCAUGCAGCCCUUCUUCGACUCUGAGAUCAUCUACGGCAAUACGGUGCGGUCGAUGAUCAAUGCAUCCGAAACUGUUAACACGCGCUCGUCGGACCAGAGCGAACGGAGUCAGCGUUCAAAGUCUAGCAUGGCCAACCCCGCGAAUAAGAGCAACCAGCGCAAACGGAAGUCCUUCAAGAUCACCGAGCCGACGUUUAUGAUGAGGUACUCGACGCCACUGAAAAACAAGGACUUCCGCCGUGAAGAGUAUCGCCAUAAUUCGUCGCGCGUCGAGACCAGCAGUCGCAGGAGUGGAAGCAGAAAU